AGAAGCAUCCGUGCAUUCUCAGUUGCAGGUUUGGGAUUAUUUCGCCUUUAAAUCUCAGCUAAAGAGGUGUCGUGUGCGCGUGUGGAGAAGCCGUAAGCUCAGGCUCAUGGUAUCAGGUUAACGUGUGGAAGAGUUUCUUCGGACGAACAGUUUUCGCAACGGGCAUACAGUCGUGGUGAUAAGACACUUGCGGCGUUUGAAGCUCGCAGUUGUGGUUCUAAUUAAUCGCUAUCAGAGGUUGCUGAUCAUAAGCAUCAUGAAGCAGACGGUGCUGGCGUUUCUUAUUGUAUCCGCGGCAGUCAUUCCGGCAUACGGUGGUCCGGAGGAAAACGAAGGUGUAAAGUAUGCUGAUCGCUGCGAAGCGUGUAAAAUCCUGGCCACAGAACUGCAAGCCCGGCUCAGUGAAACAGGACGAUCACACGAUGUUAUCGAACUGGGGUACUCGGUGGACGAUGUGAAGCCCAAAAAACGCACCGAGUACCGGCGUAGCGAGCUUCGGUUGCUGGAAACGCUCGAGAACGUUUGUGAGCGAAUUCUGCAGUACAACAUUCACAAGGAACGGAAAGAUAGUACGCGGUUUGCGAAGGGAAUGUCACAAACCUUCCAAACACUGCACGGCCUGGUGGACAAGGGCGUGAAGGUGGAUCUUGGUAUACCGUACGAGCUGUGGGACAAACCAUCCGCCGAGAUAACGCAAAUGAAGACACAGUGUGAAACGCUGAUCGAAGGAUACGAGGAUGUGAUCGAAAAGUGGUACUUUGAGAAGCAGGAACAAAAACCACUGAUCGAGUACCUUUGUGUGGAUCAUGUGCUGAAAAACAAGAACCAUAAAUGCCUGUACGAGCAGCUGGAGGAUGCUAAAAAGAAGCAAGAGGAGGCGAAUGCCAAAGAGGAGCUGUAAUCCCCUAGAACUCAACUGCGAAUAUCAUUAGCUUUUAAUGAUGAUUACUGCCACACGUUGAUUGUGAACUAUUUUAUUGUGCUGUACGAACAAAACGCUUGAAUAAAACGAAUAAUCAGAUAUCGU